UUGCCCAUGUUAUGUUAAAUAACAUUUCUGUUUUGGCAUUCGUUCUUUUUCUUCAUAAAGAAAAGAAGAAGAGAAAGAGGAAAAAAGACGAAAUAAUAUAUAAUAAUAGAAUAUUAUUUAUACUGUGAUAUAUAACCAAGCAUUGUUUGUGUCUGCAAACCGGUAAUUGAAUAACAAAUCAGCAGUAAUCCAGAAGGACCAGCAGUAAACCAAUUGCGAUAACAACAGCAGCAGCAGCAACAACAAGAAGAGGAAAUUCAUCCAGCAGAAGCAGCAACAGCAACCAGCAACUCUUACAAUGCCACUCUUUGGUAAAUCACAGAAAACGCCAGCUGAAUUGGUCAAGUCGCUGAAGGAGGCAAUAAACGCAUUGGAAUCAGGGGACCGAAAAGUGGAGAAGGCACAAGAGGAUGUUAGCAAAAAUCUGGUAUCGAUCAAGAACAUGCUGUACGGCAGCAGCGAUGCGGAACCGCCAGCGGACUAUGUAGUUGCGCAGCUAUCGCAGGAACUGUAUAAUAGUAACUUACUCUUACUGCUAAUACAGAACUUGCAUCGCAUCGAUUUCGAGGGUAAGAAACAUGUGGCGCUCAUUUUCAAUAAUGUGCUGCGCCGUCAGAUAGGUACCCGCUCGCCCACAGUGGAAUACAUAUGCACGAAGCCAGAAAUUCUAUUUACAUUGAUGGCCGGCUAUGAGGAUGCACAUCCGGAGAUAGCCCUCAAUUCGGGCACAAUGCUGCGCGAAUGCGCCCGCUAUGAGGCGCUAGCAAAGAUCAUGCUGCAUUCGGAUGAGUUUUUCAAGUUCUUUCGGUAUGUGGAAGUGUCAACGUUUGACAUCGCCUCCGAUGCCUUCUCCACGUUCAAAGAGCUGCUGACACGCCACAAGCUCUUGUGUGCCGAAUUCCUAGACGCCAACUACGAUAAGUUCUUCGCUCAGCAUUAUCAGCGAUUGCUGAACUCUGAGAAUUAUGUGACACGACGCCAGAGUCUGAAGCUGCUCGGUGAACUGCUUCUCGAUAGACAUAACUUCACCGUGAUGACGCGAUAUAUAUCAGAACCAGAGAACCUGAAGCUAAUGAUGAACAUGCUGAAGGAGAGAUCGCGCAACAUACAAUUCGAGGCGUUUCAUGUCUUCAAAGUGUUUGUCGCGAAUCCAAAUAAACCGAAGCCGAUUUUGGAUAUCCUGCUGCGCAAUCAAACGAAACUGGUCGACUUCUUAACCAGCUUCCAUACGGAUCGAUCCGAGGAUGAGCAGUUUAACGACGAGAAGGCUUAUCUGAUUAAGCAGAUAAGGGAGCUGAAACCGCUGCCCGAGGCUUAGUGGGCAGCUAUAACGAGAAGUCGAAAGAGAACGAGAACAAGAACAUUUUGGCCUUGGCUGUAUGGCAGGAUGACGAUAGCGAAGACGAAAGCAGGAGGACAACAACAGACAACGGACGUAAACAUAAAUACACCAUGUGUGUGCAGGGCGUGGGUUAUCCAUAACCAAAUGCAAAUGCAUAAGCAAUUGCAAUACACACACAAGAGACGAAGACAACGACGAUGACGAUGACCGAUGACCGAUGACGACAGCACUUGUGAGUAACUAAACAAUAAUUUAGACAAAGCAAACAAAAUGAUAACGAUAAAUAACGAUAAAGCAGAAUACAUAAGUAGUAACAGCAAGUACACACAAUAUAUUGUAUGUAAUAGCGUAAAGGAGUAAAUGCAGCCGCAUCAUAUCGCGAAUUUAACUAAAAAGGAAAAACAAAAAAUGGAAACACUCACACAUACAUACACACACACACACCAAAAUACACUAACUUAAUUUUUUUCCAUCACUGAGAAUAUAAUAUAUUCGCUCCAGCUUCCGUCUAGCUCGCUUUUAAAAAUUGUUCAGCGUUCGGUUUGUUGUUGUUCCAGUUCCAGUUCGAGAUCCUCGUGCGCUUGUAGCCGUAUAUAGACCCUAUGUAUGUACACCUCUACCUAUUUACUGUUACUACUACUUUUCGUAAAAACAGUUUAUUAUUUUUACUUCCUUCUUUUUUGUGAAACUCUUGCUAUUUAAAUAGUUGUAUUGAAAUUGAAGCGUUUUUGAAACGUUAUAACCAGGACAAUGAAGAUAAUAUAUGAGUUUUGACUUACAAUUUAGACAUUAAACAUUUCAAAUGUGCGCCGAAAUUAACUAUUACGGUAACUUAUUAUUUUUAAAUAUGUAUGAAAGAAAACAAAAUCAAUUGUAAUUUCACGUAAAAACUUCAUUCAGAAUACUGCAUAAUAAUUAUAGUUAUAAUUAACAAACAGCAUUCAAAAAACACUCCACUCCAAUGCACACACCGACACACACACUUAACAUCCAUACGUACAUAGUAAAAAGGGAAGUAAAACAACAACAUUACGAACAGCGUAAUAAAUAUAUGAUUAUUAUAAUUUAUAUUAUUCCCAAAAUUAAAGAUAACAGCCAAAAAAUGUCUUGUGUCAUUCUGAUUGGAAAAUGGGUAAAUUAAGAGGGGGGACAGACGGUCAAAGCUACUGUGUCAUGUGCUAGUUAGGCCGGGCUACACUGCUAGAUACUGUUACUUAUCUAUGUAUGCUAAUAGUUUGUGAAAGUUAUAAAUAUUAAAAGGCCAUCUCAAAUUUAGGAUUGUCUAUGAAAACUAUCGAUUUAAUAUGGAAUUAUUGAAUAUUUUCAUCGCAAGCUAAGUUUUGUUCAGCCCUGGUGUAGAUCAGCUGUCUUCAAAUUUCAGCGCCUAUAUCAAUAUUUAGCUAAUUGUGUUUUAUACCAUGCAUAAGAGAUUUCGCAAAUUAACAAGUCGAGCAAACGCGGAAGCCUACAGCAGCAACAGUUCCAGCGAGUCAAAUGUGAAUAGUAAUACAUCAUUUGUGGCUAAGAAAUAUGCAAGACAGAAGCGAAAACAACCCGUCGCGAUAUGCAUUUCCGAGACAAGCACCGAUGAACUCCACAAAGAUGACUUAGGAGAGGAAAAUCGCAAGUGGCUGCCAAAUCUUAAAAAAUUCAGUAGCGAUCCUAAUCCUCUUAAACUGGUUCAACACAAUAGUUACCAGCCGUUAUCAGUGUCCAUCACAGCCAAAUCUCCAUCCCAAACUAAGCCACCAAAUACGUCUGAUGCUUCCAACUGUUCCACUCCAUCAUCAUCAAUAUCACCAGCAGCAUGUCGUGCUGCCUACAAUAGUUUUCGGCAAACAUUAACAGCAAUAAACCACAAGCAAAAAUCUAUAAAUAAAUCGAUCUUGGAUUGUACUCCAGUAGCCGAGGAGGCAAAUGAAAAUCUGCAAAGAAAAAGAACCUUUGUGUCUUAUAAAUAUUCUCACCAGAAGAGAGAAAAUCCCAUCGAGUUACACAUUUCCGACACAAGCAGUGAUGAGUUCCAUAAAGAUAAAUUGGAGGAGGAGAAUCGCAAGAGGCUAUCAAAUCUAAAGAGAUACAAUAGUGAUUCCAAGCCUCUAAGAUUAAUACAACACAAUAGGUAUCGGUCGUUAUCGGUAUCCAUCACAUCUAAAUCUCAGUCUCAAACUAAGCCAACGCAUGAUGUAUCCAAUUGCUCCACUGAAGCAGCCGUAGUCUUCUCGUAUAGCUUUGGCGAAACAGUAACACCAUCAAAUCCUAAUCAAGAAACUAUGAAUAAAUCACUCUUGGAUUGCACGCCAAUCAUUUCCUUAGAGGCAAAUUUGGGAAGGAUGGUAGAGAAGGAGCAAACUUCACCAAAACUUGUCCAAAAGAAACAGCGUUGCAUUAAAGGUGGAUAUCUAUAUGAAUACAAAAGGGUGCUGCUGAAGGAGUGCAUGGACCGUCGCAGUUUGGCUCAAAAUCAGCGUCUGGGCAUAAGCUCAGGACAACGCGUGCAAGUGCUGCACCUAUUCGAAUCCUUUGGUGUGAAAAUGGCACAAGUUAAGCCAGAAUAUGGUGAACAGGAUAAAGGAAAAUUUAACGUUAUAAUCUCACCUAUCAUGGCAGCUAAUAUUAGUGUUGGCGCUACUCUUGAGCUUUACUUUGACUUGAAACCGGAGACAGCAUUGAAACUCCCUAAUAACGAGCUGGUUUACGUACAUCCAAAUAAAUUAGUUUUAUUAUAAGUAUACACAAUUAAGACUAUUGUAGAAUAUUUUAAAAAUAUAUUACGACCCAUUUACGUGCUCCUAA